CAACACCACCGCAAGCAUUCAUAAGUUAACUAGAGUGUGGACAAGAGUUUUUCAAUUUUACAGUAACAAUGAAGAAAAUCUUUCUUCUUUCACUAGCAUUUGUUGUGAUCUCAGCGAAGUUUCCUGAUAGCGUAAAAAAAUGUCACUAUGGUGACUCUCAGUGCCUUAUUGAGUCCUCCGAGGAUGUUUUAAGAGCUUCGGGUAAUGGAUAUCCUGGACUGAAUUUAAUCCCUAUUGAUCCUCUACAUGUGGAUAAAGUGGACAUUAGACAAAGUUCAGAUAGUCCUGUGAACAUCAAUCUAUUCUUCCGGGAUAUCAUUCUAAAUGGAUUAAGUCAAUUGAAGGUCUACAAAAUGACUGGCUUUGAGCAGAAUCCACGAAAAAUUGAGAUGAGAGCUCGUCUGGAUAAACUUGUUCUAACUGCCAAUUAUAAAGCUAAAGGACGAAUCUUACUCCUGCCCAUCAACGGUGAAGGUAAAUGCAACUUGACCUUCGACAACUGGGAUGCUGGAUGGAAAAUUACCGUCAGUAAAGUCACAAAGAACAACAAAGAAUAUGUUCAAGUUGACAAUUCAAAAUUGUUCUUUAACACAACGAGACUUCACAUGUACUUUGAGAACCUGUUUAACGGUGACAAAUCUUUAAGUGAAAAUAUGAAUCAGUUCCUCAAUCAAAAUUGGAAUGUUCUACUGACUGAACUCAAACCAGCACUGACUGAAGCCAUGUCCCAAAUUCUUCAGAAUGUUAUAAGUGGACCCUUUUCCAAAAUUCCCUACAAUGAACUCUUUCUCGAAUAAAUUGUAAUGUUAAAAUAAAUACUCAAUAAUAAAGAAUAUACCAUUAA